AUGACCACAUUCGAUUACUGGUCUUCGUCCCUUGGAGGAUCGAUGAUAGUUGGUCAAGGUAUAAAUUUUCGACUGUAUGGAAACCUGCUCGAGGUGUACCACGAUGGGAGAUGGGGAACCGUAUGUGAUGACGGUUUCAAUGAAAAAACAACUCGCGGAAUUUGUUAUCUAAUCUAUGGAGAAUGGCCUAGUUCUGUGAGUUAUUACUCCGGAUCUAGAGGCACAACUGUCUCAUAUGCUAGCACCAUAUGGCUGGACCAGCUAGAAUGUACAGAUUCCUAUUACUACGGACCUCAGUGUAGAGCAAACUACUGGGGAGUCAAUGACUGUUCCCAUUCGGAGGAUGUGUCUAUAGAAUGUACUUUUCCUUACCAGUACGAAACUACAUUAUUCUACAACCAGCUGACGACUGCACGAGGAGCAAUGGCAAUCGCUCAAGGCACAAAUUUCCGAUUAAAUGGACACUUGCUCGAAGUAUACCACAACGGGAGAUGGGGGACUGUUUGUGAUGACGAUUUCAAUACCAGAACAACUCGUGGGAUUUGUUACCUUAUUUACGGAGUGUGGCCUAGUACAACCAGGUAUUAUUCUGGAAUUGGUGGCACAACUGACUCGUAUGCUAGCACCAUAUGGCUGGACCAGCUAGAAUGUACAGAUUCCUAUUACUACGGACCUCAGUGUAGAGCAAACUACUGGGGAGUCAAUGACUGUUCCCAUUCGGAGGAUGUGUCUAUAGAAUGUAAUUUUUACGAAGUGACCACAUUCGAUUACUGGUCUUCGUCCCUUGGAGGAUCGAUGAUAGUUGGUCAAGGUAUAAAUUUUCGACUGUAUGGAAACCUGCUCGAGGUGUACCACGAUGGGAGAUGGGGAACCGUAUGUGAUGACGGUUUCAAUGAAAAAACAACUCGCGGAAUUUGUUAUCUAAUCUAUGGAGAAUGGCCUAGUUCCGUGAGUUAUUACUCCGGAUCUAGAGGCACAACUGUCUCAUAUGCUAGCACCAUAUGGCUGGACCAGCUAGAAUGUACAGAUUCCUAUUACUACGGACCUCAGUGUAGAGCAAACUACUGGGGAGUCAAUGACUGUUCCCAUUCGGAGGAUGUGUCUAUAGAAUGUACUUUUCCUUACCAGUACGAAACUACAUUAUUCUACAACCAGCUGACGACUGCACGAGGAGCAAUGGCAAUCGCUCAAGGCACAAAUUUCCGAUUAAAUGGACACUUGCUCGAAGUAUACCACAACGGGAGAUGGGGGACUGUUUGUGAUGACGAUUUCAAUACCAGAACAACUCGUGGGAUUUGUUACCUUAUUUACGGAGUGUGGCCUAGUGAGAUAUUUUAUCGCAGUACAACCAGGUAUUAUUCUGGAAUUGGUGGCACAACUGACUCAUAUGCUAGCACCAUAUGGCUGGACCAGCUAGAAUGUACAGAUUCCUAUUACUACGGACCUCAGUGUAGAGCAAACUACUGGGGAGUCAAUGACUGUUCCCAUUCGGAGGAUGUGUCUAUAGAAUGUAAUUUUUACGAGAUCCCGAGCACCGUUAUGAGUUCUGCCGCUUCACACUAUUCUUCUGAUAUGUAUGUCAGCGCUAUAUCAGUUGGCUGUUAUCCAGACGCUUGGAAUAUAAUGAUAUAUUUACCCGAACUUUACAAACGUCAUAGUGAUUUUGAUCCGUCGGAUAUUUACCUUGGUCGUCCUGGUUGCCAGGGUUACCGAGUCGGUAAUUAUCUACGAAUCGACCAACAGUACAGCAACUGCCAAACCCAUCAUUUCACCACAUCCAACAGAGUUGAGUAUACCAAUACCCUGGUGUAUGCUUACAGAGAUGCUAAUUAUAAAUUCAUCAUUAGAGAGUAUCGCUUCAAGAUUGAUGUUGAAUGUGACAUGUCGACGCAUGAAACGGUAUCGCAGCACUUCAUACAAACGCAUAACCAAGCGCGCACUCACAGAAAUAACCCACAUAUUUCCAGCACAGGACAUUACAAUAUUCAUAUGGCAUUCUAUAGGGACUCUGGCUAUCAACAGCAAAUGUACGGAAAUCCUCUGACUGUUGGUAUCGGGGAAGACAUCUACGUCAGUGUGACGACACCUCUUUCUGACUAUGACGUCAAAAUGAGAGUCGAGUCUUGCUAUACUCUCCCAUCGAGGGGUGCUGGGAACCAUCUCAAAUACUACCUUAUACAGAACGGAUGUAACAGUGACGUCAAUACCCACGUCAUAUAUUUAUCAUCUCACGAGACAAGGUUCGUCUUCCGUGACUUUGAAUAUUCCACCAAUCAGGAUAAUCUAUACUUAUUCUGCACGGCUACAUUCUGUAACGUGACUGACUAUUCCUCAGUAUGUGACCAAUCCUGUCACCAGGUCAAAAGACGGUCCGUCCAAUCAGCAUCCGAGACAUUGCUAAGACGAGCACAAACCUCUGAUGUUUUACGUCUGUCAAAAGGUCGCUUAAGACGUGAUGUAGGAGUAAAAGGUGAGAGCAAAACAUCCGGUCAUGCGCAGUACAUCAGUAUAGACGACCAUCUAUUUAUUGCCGUGAUCGUCAGUGCAGUGGGAAUAUCAGUGAUCGCAGUGUUUGUAGCUAUUCGCCGAUACAGGAAACCGAGAUCAAAACUCGUCGAAACCAUUUAA